UUGUUCAUAUUCUUUUUUCUAGUUCCGUCUCAUAAACAACUUGACAGGUCAAAGCCAGGCAUUUACAGUGGUGUUCGCAGGGGAAGCAGUUCUACAGCUAGAGCUCAUGGAUCUCAUUUACCUGCCUCUCAUCGUCGAGGACGCCUUAGUCGGGACUUGGCCAGCGGCGCCUCCCCUUGCUCUGUUGAUACUAUCUUUUCCGCUCAAGCUGGUUCCGAGGAAGAUGAUAGUGCGUCGGCAUAUGGGUCGAAGAAGCCAUCAAGUUGUGAGGCAGGAGACUCAGUUUCCCUAAGGCGCAACCAUCAUGGUCCGGUGGAGACCCGUAUAUUCCACUCCAGUGUUUCUCCAACUCGUCUUCAACAGCCUCCAUUCGCUGUAGAGACUCCAUGGCUCAGUAGGACGACUUCUACAGAAAGUGAUGGGGAUGAUGAAGCGGAGGAAGAGCUUGUUAAGGAAAGAGAGGUUCCAGGAUUCGACGCACAAGCAGACGAAUCCAUUAUAUCUCUUUCAGCUCCCCAUUCUAGGCGGCAGAGGCGAAGACCUCGAAUUGAUGCAGCUCAGACAGGCUGUGCACUAGACUUGCUAAAUGUCGCCUCUGCUACCGUGUCUACGAUGGUUGAAAGCAUUGAUCUGGGUUCAUCUGAAUCUCGCUUACGUCUUGGUCGAUCCAGCGCUCAACAAUAUCCACAUCAGUACUCAGAUGAGUGCGAACCUCCUCAACUAGCAACUAAGCCUUCAUCCGUUCAUCAACGUGAUUGA